CCGCUCCACCAGAACUCGCGAUUUUUCUGGACACCUGUCGCAACCUGGCGGGCCUUGACCUGAAUUGAGACCCCGGUCCGCCAAGGCCGAUGGUGGUCCAAGCUCCCCCGAGCUGCCCCUCAAGCCCCUUUUUAGUGACAUUCAUGACAUGCAACCAUGCAACCCCCUGUGGAGGAAGUCCAUUGCUCCUCAAGGUACAAGCACAUUACCGGGCCCGGCCCGGGCUGCGGGGUUUGGCCCGCCUCUAACCCCUCCUUGCCGUGGUCCGAAGAACGGAGCGGGACGGAGACCUAAGCAAGCCUGAGCCCAAUACCGCGUCGUGGAGUGAUUGCCCCGCCAUUGACUUCUUGCUGAUAUGUUUUCCGUUUCCCCAAGACGAGCUUUCCCAAUCCUCCUCCGAGCAGUUUCGAGUAAAACACCACAACUUCCCAUCCGACCCAGAUCGCACCCUUUGCACACCAUGUCUGCCACUCCCGUCUUCAGCAAGAACGCAGCUCCGCCCGACCCCCAGUCCCAGGCCAUCAAGACCCCCACUACCAUCUACUGUUCGGGCCAGAUCCCUUGCGAUGUCGAGGGCAACCUGAUCGAGGGCACCAUCCAGGAGAAGACGGCCGCCUGCAUUGGCAACCUCAAGGCUGUCCUCGAGGAGGCCGGCUCGUCCAUCGAGAAGGUGGUCAAGGUCAAUGCCUUCCUGACGGACAUGGCCAACUUCGCUGCCAUGAACGAGGAGUACGCCAAGUGGUUCGUCCACAAGCCCGCCCGGAGCUGCGUCGCCGUGAAGCAGCUGCCCAAGGGUGUUGACGUUGAGAUUGAGUGCAUCGCACUUCCUUGAAGGGGGCGCUACUUGUUUCUAAAAGCCAUAGAACGAGCGGUGGAUUAAAAAAAAAAACUUCAUUGAUAUUCCUAAAA